AUGGAUAAUAUUAUUCCAGGUCUCCCAGAAGAUUUGGGACUGCAAUGUCUGGUAAAGGUUCCAUACAAAUUCCACAACCAUCUUAGGGCUGUCUGCAAGAGCUGGAACGCUGUGCUGAGCAGUCCCAUCUUCUAUAAAGAGCGAGAGCGCCAUGAGGAGUGUGAGGAAGGAAUAGCUUAUUUGUACCAAGGAGAAAGACCAACUGAUUGGGAAGUAAUUAUUUACUACCCGUAUGGGAAGUGGUGGGAAAUACUGCCCCGAACCCCAGAAGAGUUCAAAUUAUAUUGGAGGAGUAACUUUGUAUACGUUAGAUCAAAACAUCAUCUGGUUAUUAUGGGGAUUCUCACAUGCGACAAUAGACCAACUGUUUUGAUGUUUGAUUUUAUAUCUCGCACAUGGCGACGGGGCCUCGACAUGCCUUUUCGUUUCUGGAACUUUGCAUGCGCAGUGUCACCAUCAUCUCCUCAAGGUCUUAUCUAUAUUGCCACUUUUAUGUGCAAUAAUAAUGGACGUAUCAUUCCCAACUUACUCCAACCUUAUGUUUUCAAUGUAGAGGAAAACAAGUGGGACUUUCUACCUCCCAUAAAUAUCUGUCGGCUUGAUCGUUUAUGUUAUGGUGAGUUUAUUGAAGACAAGUUUUAUCUAGUCCCCACUCACGGGCGAAGAGUACAUAUUUACGAUCCUCACUCACGACUAUGGAAAACCAUAAAUACACAGCAUAACAGCUCAGUUGUUCAUGGUCACCUUGUAUAUGCUUUUGGGAAGUUGUAUUGGUUUGUGCGUGAAGAAGCUUCUGUAGUCGUAACAGAAUUCGAUUUUGCCAACAACUCAUUUGUUACAGUCGGAGAGUAUCCUGCCCACAUUUUUCAAAUUCACUGUGCCGUACUGUGCCGUGACUAUAUUUUUAUUAGUGCCAUGGAGGCCGUUAACUGUGAAGAUGUUUAUUAUCGUUUUAAUCCACUGGAGAGGGAAGAAGAAAAAAGAUGGACUCAAAUCGAGAUGCCAGCACAGUUUUCAGGAGGAGUAUUGUCAUUUGCUACUGCUGUGCAAAUUUGA